AAAGCAAAGUUUAAUAAGGAAAAGUCACAGAUUCUUCGUUGGUCCUUGGGCGGCCCCUACUAAAACCCCAAUCUUGCUUUAAUUUACGGUUUCUGCCAACACCGAAAGAAAAGAGUUUUUUCUUUGAAGGUGAAGACAGGGAAAAUUUUUUUUUUAAAAAAAAAAAAAAAAAAAAGUUGGAACACAAAAGUAAAACAUAGUUGCGGAGAGGCUGACUUGUGCGGUUUUAGGUUCCUAGAUCGGUUCAGUUGGUCUUCGAUCGAAGGGUCUUGGGUUUGGCUGAGCGUCAGUCCUGGAUUUUUUAGAUUCGGAUGAUUACUGGUUUUUGGGUUCAGAAUUUGUAUCCGUUUUUUAUUUUUACUUUUUUUGUUCAGUUUCAAAUCUGAAAACUUCAGAUCUGAGUUGAAGUAAAGGCCUGGUUUUUGGGUGUUGUUAGAUUCCGGCGGAGUACAUGGGGCUGCACUUGACAAUUCCGUGAAGAUAUAUCUGAGGUCUGUGGAGGGAUUCUUGAGACGACAAGAGAGAAAUGGAGGAGGCAGGUACACAGGUGGCUCCUCCCAUAUUCAUCCACCAGCAGACACUGUCGAGUCGGUUUUCGAUGGCCAAGAAGCGUGAUCUGCCUAACUUUCAGGGACAGGCGCAGCGGUUGAUGACACCAACCCCCGGCCUUCAGUACCCUGUAAUGGACACCUGGAACCAUAAGGGUUGGGAUUGGGACAACGUCAGAUUCGUCGCCAAACCAGUCGACCUGAUGUUGGGUACUCCAGCAACGGUAGCAGCGGAGCAGAAUAGGAAAGAGAACCAUAUGGGUGUGUCUGGGUACGACGAAGAGGACGACAGGCUUCGGCUCAAUCUUGGGGGCGGCUUGAAGUCUGUGGAGGAGCUGGAGCCGGAGCCGGAGCCGGAGCCGGAGCAACCGUCGAGGCCCAGCAAAAGGGUCAGGUCCGGAUCUCCCGGUGGUGGCAACUAUCCCAUGUGCCAGGUAGAUAACUGCAAGGAGGAUCUGUCGAAUGCAAAAGACUAUCACCGCAGACACAAAGUGUGCGAGCUUCACAGCAAAUCUAGUAAAGCCCUUGUCGCCAACCAGAUGCAGAGGUUUUGCCAGCAGUGCAGCAGGUUUCAUCCCCUUUCGGAGUUUGAUGAGGGUAAGAGGAGUUGCAGGCGUAGACUUGCGGGGCAUAACCGCCGAAGAAGAAAAGCCCAACCGGAGGAUGUUACCUCACGGCUUUUACUCACUGGAAACCGGGAUAACACUGCUGCCACUGCAAAUUUGGAUAUCGUCAAUUUGUUGACUGCUAUAGCUCGUACACAAGGAAAAAAUGAGGACAAAAAUAUCAAUUGCUCGUCAGUACCGGAAAAAGAGCAGCUCAUUCAGAUUCUUAGUAAGAUAAACUCACUACCUUUGCCGGUGGACCUUGCCGAGAAGUUGCCCAAUUUAGGAGGAGGUUUGAAUAGGAAAGUCCCAGAUCAUACUUCUUCGGAACAACAAAUCAAAUUGAAUGGAAACACGCCUUCUCCUUCAACAGUGGACUUGCUUGCUGUUCUUUCAUCUACUCUAGCUACAUCUACUCCUGAUGCUCUCACAAUACUAUCUCAAAAGAGCAGCCAGAGCAGUGACAGUGAGAAAACUAAGGUGACCUGCCCUGACCAAGUUUCUGGUCCCAAUUUGCAUAGGAGACCUCCCGUAGAGUUUCCAUCAAUUGGAGGUGAGAGAAGUAGUAGCAGUUACCAGUCUCCUAUGGAAGAUUCUGAUUGCCAGGUUCUAGAAACCCAUGUUAAGUUACCCUUACAGCUAUUUGGCUCCUCUCCUGGGGAUGACAGCCCUCCAAAUCUGGCAUCUUCAAGGAAGUAUUUCUCAUCUGACAGCAGUAAUCCGGUUGAAGAGAGGUCUCCUUCGUCUUCUCUACCUGCUGUUCAAAAGCUGUUCCCGACACAGAGCAAAACAGAACCUAUGAAGCCUGAAAAAAUGUCAAUCAGUAGAGAGUUUAAUGCAAAUGUCUUAGCUAGCAGAACCCAUGAUUGUAACAGGCCUUUUGAUCUUUUCAGAGGAUCAAAUACAGGAGCUGAACCUGGUUCGUUUCAAAGUUUUCCCUAUCAAGCUGGGUAUACUUCUUCUGGAUCUGAUCAUUCACCUUCUAGUCUGAAUUCUGAUGCGCAGGAUCGCACUGGUCGAAUAAUUUUUAAACUAUUUGACAAGGAUCCCAGUCAUUUUCCAGGGACGCUGCGGACACAGAUAUACAGUUGGCUUGCGAACCGUCCAUCAGAAAUGGAGAGCUACAUUAGACCUGGUUGUGUGGUUCUAUCAGUUUAUGUGUCCAUGUCAUCUGCUGCCUGGGAACAACUUGAACAAAACCUUCUUGAGCGGAUCAAUGGUUUGGUUCAAUCUCCAGAUUCUGAUUUUUGGCGAAGUGGGAGGUUUCUAGUUCACACAGGCAAGCAAUUAGCUUCACAUAAAGAUGGAAAGAUCCGUCUAUGCAAAUCCUGGAGUUCAUGGAGUUCCCCAGAGUUGAUUUUGGUGUCCCCUUUUGCCGUCGUGGGUGGACAAGAAACAUCUUUUCUAUUGAAGGGUAGAAAUCUGUCUAUUCCUGGCACCAGGAUUCAUUGCACUCAUAUGGGUGGUUACACAUCAAAGGAAAUUACGGGAUCUAGCUAUCAAGGAACCACAAAUGAUGAGAUAAACUUGGUCAGUUAUAAAAUUCACACUGCAUCAUCUCCUGGGGUUGGUCGCUGUUUCAUUGAGGUAGAAAAUGGUUUCAAGGGCAACAGUUUCCCUGUGAUAAUAGCUGAUUCUACCAUUUGUAAAGAAUUGAGGCUCCUUGAGUGUGAGUUUGACUUGGAGGCAAAACAAAAUGAUGUCGUUUCAGAAGAGAACAAUAAUGAUUUUGAUCGGCCAAGGUCAACGGAGGAAGUUCUGCACUUCUUGAAUGAACUUGGAUGGCUAUUCCAAAGGAAAGGGAACUCUUCCAUGCUUGGGGGUCUGGAUUAUUCACUUAGCCGGCUCAGAUUUUUACUCACAUUCUCUGUUGAAAGGGACUGUUGUGUUUUGGUCAAAACACUCCUAGACAUAAUGGUUGAAAGCAACUUGGAUGGGGAUGAGCUGUCAAGGGAGUCAUUGGAGACACUAUCUGAGAUUCAGCUAUUGAACAGGGCAGUAAAAAGGAGGUGCAGGAAGAUGAUUGAUGUGCUUAUCAAUUAUUCUGUUAUUUGCGGGAAUGAUGCCUCCAGGAAAUAUAUUUUUCCACCAAAUUUUGUGGGACCUGGUGGUAUUACACCUCUACAUUUGGCUGCUUGUAUGUCAGGUUCGGAUGAUAUGGUAGAUGCUUUGACAAGUGAUCCACAGGAGAUUGGAUUGAACUACUGGACGUCCCUUUUGGAUACAAAUGGGCAGUCACCUUAUGCUUAUGCUAUGAUGAGGAGGAAUUACUCUUACAACAAGCUGGUGGCUCGUAAACGCUCUGACAGAAAGAAUGGUCAAGUUUCAGUGACGAUAAGUAAUGAGAUAGGGCAACCACAGUUGACAAUGGAGCAAGAGAGUAGGAUAAGCACCCAAUUAAAACAAGGGUCCAGAUCUUGUGUUAGGUGUGCGGCCGUGGCAACAAAGUACAACAUGAGGGUUCCAGGAUCACAGGGAUUGCUUCGGCGCCCCUUCAUUCACUCAAUGCUUGCCAUUGCUGCUGUCUGCGUUUGUGUCUGCCUAUUCUUGCGAGGGGCCCCAGACAUUGGCUCAGUUGCCCCCUUUGAGUGGGAGAAUUUGCAAUAUGGCACGUGUUAAAAGGGAAAAUAAUUUUGAAGAAGGAAGUGGAUUCCUAUAUCUUCUUUUUGUCUUGAUUAUGUUGAUUUUGGAAGGGAAAAACUAUCUACAGAUUACUAAAUGGAAAUGGGACCUAGGGGUGGACAGGAGCUGCAUGGGCAGACCUGGGAAGCAAGGAAAGCACAGCAGGUUCAGGUAUGCCAUGGUUCUAAUGCUUGCGUAUUUCUUCCUAACAAGUCUAAGAUUUGGGAUGUCAUAGAUUGUGGACUUACUUUUAGCUGAAGUUGUGCUGGAAAAUAGGUAAUUUUUUUUUUUUUUUUUUUUUUUUUUUUAAAAAAAAAAAAACUUUGGAAUUUAGAGAUCUUCAGCUCUCUAAAUAUGGCAAGGUGUUGCACAUCCAGAUGGAGGUAGAAAGAGGAGUUGAGAGAAUGUGAGCAUGCAUGUAUAGUGUUAUUAGAGGUUUAAUUUGGUUAUAUUAUGUGGUUUAUUUCCCUCCCUUUUUUAUUCCUUUACAAGUGAUGGAAUCAUAAUUGUAGGUUUUACCAUGUACAUUUUGUCACUAAGGUGAUCAGUUGGGUCAAUCACACAAGUGACAAUAUCAUAUGAUUGAAUACUGAAAUAUUUGUUCUAGUAUAUUUUAAAUAAGAAGCAUGUGGGUGUAGCUCUAA